AUGGCUCUCUACGGCCUCCUAGGCCAGCCAGAAGAAGAUGCACUCCACAAAUCACGUCUCCUCAACGUGGAAGAGAAGCCCUUCAAGCGAAUCUCCAAGCGUCUCUUGAACCCUGACUCAAUCCUCGUCUCACAAUCCUCCCUCCCUACUACACCACCCGAAGAAAGUGACAGCAACCACGCGACCGCCGAAGCCCAAACCCAGAAAAAGCUCGAGGAAUGGCGCCACUUCCGAGAGGAUGUAUCACUGGAUUUUGCUGCUUUUGAAGCCAGUAUUGCGCGCGUCCAGUUCCUCAUCACAAGUAACGAGAAAGAGCGCCAGCGGUACGCCACCGAACGAGUACAGAUUCUGUCGACAAUGCAGUCCGUCCGGGAGAGCACAGCCGAUUUACGCAGCCAACUCGAAGAAGCUCAGCGAUUACUUUCUUUGCGCAAGACCUACGAUGAAUUGACCGACAAAAUCACCAGUAACCGCCUACUGAAGCCGCGCGAGGAUCAAUCAGCGAAUCUCCAAAAAUUGCGCACGGAGAUCGCAGAUCUGGAGAAUGAAAGCAAAGACUACGCCACGACAUGGGCUGAGCGACGAGAGCAGUUCGGUCGCAUCGUUGACGAGGGCAUGCAGCUCCGUCGGUUGAUCCGCGAUGAGAAGGAGGAGGUUGAGCGCCGGGAGGGAAUGCAGGAGGGUGUGGAUGGCGAUGAGGGCGAUUCUGCCUCCAAGGGCAAGAACAGCAGUGUCAAUACCCCCGGCCAGGACAGUGAGGGUACGACUCCGCCUCAGAUUCAAGAAGAGGCCCGGCCUGCCGCUUUGCUGGUUGAAAGGGGGGGUGCUGCGGGUCUUGCAUCACCUCUGCGCCAAGUCACCACCGCUUCUAAUAACGAGGACACAAACAUGGUCGAUGACGGUGAAAUCUCGGCGAUCAGUGAUGGUGAAUUGUCUGAGCUCGAGGAAGGGGAAGAACUCCCCGACGGGCACUACAAUGAGAAGAUGGAUACCACCUGA